AAACGCUCACCCAUCAUCAUCCCCAAAGUGCCAAGCGGAUCUCGGUGCAAGGGGCCAGUCCAUCUCGCCACGCGCGACGCAGUGGUUAAACGCGCCAUUCUUGUCGAACCGCCAGAUCAAAAAGCCUUUAUUGCGUCGUUCAGAGUGGGACGUCUCGGCUUGGCUAGAGCCGCCCAACCACUAUCGACUCGGAAAUGAGAGACACCAAGCCACCCCCAGUUCAGGCAUUCAGAGAUCAGCCGGAAAGCGACGAUGCGACGAGACGCAAAUCGACCCGUGACAAAAGUCAAGCCUAGAGACGUAUAAGAACUAUCCCACAUCAUCCCAGAUUCCCAGAAACAGCGCCCAAGAUGAUGCGCCGUUUGACUUCCGCCCUCCUUCUGGGCUCCACGGCUACCGCCCUGCCGUUCGCCGAUAUCUACCAGCGCCAGAACACCAGCGACUGCUCCGUAAAGGACACCUACCCGGUUGUGAACUUUGCCAAGCUGCCCGACCCCUUUACUUUUGAGGACGGAACGAAAGUCGCUAGCCAGGCCGACUGGACAUGUCGUCAACAAGAGAUUAGCAAGCUUCUACAGCAGUACGAACUAGGCGCCUACCCCCCACCUCCCGACAAGGUUGAGGCUUCUCUUUCCGGGACCACCAUGUCCGUCAAGGUUACCGUCGGCUCCAAGUCGGUCACCAUUAGCACCUCCAUCAAGAAGCCUAGCACCUCUCCCGGCCCCGCCAUCAUCACCAUCGGCGGUUCAUCGCUGCCCAUUCCCGGCACCGUGGGCACCGUCGGGUUUAACAAUGACCAAUUCGCCUCCCAGGCUUCCGGCCAGUCCCGCGGCCAGGGUGCUUUCUACACUCUCUUCGGAAACACCCACUCUGCCGGUGCUCUUACCGCGUGGGCUUGGGGUGUCGACCGUGUCAUUGAUGGCCUCGAGCAGCUCGGCGCCGACAAGACUGGUAUCGACCCCAAGAGGCUAGGAACUACGGGCUGCUCCCGUAACGGAAAGGGUGCUUUCAUCGUCGGCGCCCUCGCCAACCGUAUCGCUCUUACCCUCCCGCAAGAAUCCGGUUCCGGUGGCGCUGCCUGCUGGCGUAUCUCCGACGACGAGCACAACAAGGGCAAGAACAUCCAGACUGCAGGCGAGAUCGUCGGAGAGAACGUUUGGUUCAGCCAGAACCUAAACCAAUACACUUCCAAGACUAGCACCAUGCCCGAGGAUCACCACUUCCUUGCCGCCCUCGUCGCUCCUCGCGGUCUCCUCGCCUUCGAGAACGACAUCGACUGGCUCGGCCCCGUCAGCACGACUGGCUGCAUGAAGGCGGGACGUCUCAUCUACAAGGGUCUUGGCGUCCCCACCAACAUGGGUUUCUCUCUCGUCGGCGGCCACAGCCACUGCAUGUUCCCAUCAUCGCAGCAGGCCGAGCUUACCGCCUACAUCAACUACUUUUUGCUCGCCGGUACCACGGCUCCCCCCGAGGUGGAGAAGAGCAGCGCCAGCGUCCAGGUCACCGACUGGGCCCCGUGGACUGUUCCCACUCUGGCUUAAGCGGGUAACCGAGUAAACGGUAGCGGAAUAUUUUGUAUAUAGCAUACCGGGGCAGGAAAAUGCCGAACUGUAUAGGUUUGCUUUUGGCUAUCUAGUCGUACGUACGCGAACGGUAAUCAAAGCCGCCUGUCAAAUUCCAGAAUAUCUCCUAAUUACAUGUAAUUUGCGCUUAGCCACGUAGCCACUCCUUUACCGUCGCCGCUAAAUCUUCUUCUUGUAACCCGAGUAAGCCAAUCGCAUUUUUGUCUCCUAAAACGGCGCGGCCAACGCCGUCCGCGUA